AUGGAGUCCGGCUCCUGGGUUGACCAUGGAGCAACUGGCAUUGCCUCGUCAUCUGGCAAGGAAUUCAAUGCCAUCGAUGGCAAUUUGUUCAAUGAUGGUACUACUUACUAUCUGAAUUUCGGCUCCUUUUGGCACGACAUCUAUCAGGCUCCAAUGAGCUCGGAUGCCACUAAAGUCGCAUCAUCACCCUACAAUCUGGCGUAUGACCCAUCUGGAACACACGCUGUGGAGGGAUCCUAUAUGUAUAAGUAUGGAAUCUACUACUAUCUCUUUUACUCUGCCGGCAUCUGUUGUGGCUACGACAAAUCUCGCCCCGCCAGCGGAGCAGAAUACAAAAUCAAGGUCUGCCGAUCGACCUCACCUACUAGUGGAUUCGUUGAUGCCGCGGGUACUGCUUGUACAGGCGGGGGGGGCACAGUUGUUCUAGAAAGUCAUGGCACAGUAUACGGUCCUGGUGGACAGGGCGUAUUUACCGAUUCUACCCUCGGCCCAGUGCUUUACUACCACUAUGUCGACACCACUGUGGGCUAUGCUGAUGGCCAGAAACUCUUUGGGUGGAAUCAGAUCGAUUUCUCAAGCGGAUGGCCAGUGGUUUAG